GGAUACUUAAGGCGCGGCUACCGCGGCUGCGGCAGUGCGCCCAACAGCGGACUCCGAGAGACCAGCGGACCUCGGAUCCGGCAGCACUCGCUCUCAACCACCAACCCACCACCCUUGGAACCAUGGCGGCAGUGGCGGCAGCCUCGGCUGAACUGCUCAUCAUCGGCUGGUACAUUUUCCGCGUGCUGCUGCAGGUGUUCCUGGAAUGCUGCAUUUACUGGGUAGGAUUCGCUUUUCGAAAUCCUCCAGGGACACAGCCCAUUGCGAGAAGUGAGGUGUUCAGGUACUCCCUGCAGAAGCUGGCCUACACCGUGUCGAGAACCGGGCGGCACGUGCUGGGAGAGCGCCGCCAGCGGGCCCCCAACUGAGGCUCCAGCCCCCACCCCUGGGCGGCCGUGUCACCAGGUGCUCCUGUGCAAUUCCACCAGCAUGGGAGCCAGUGCCGCACAGGAAUGGGGCGUCCCCUGUGCCCUCUCGCCAGAGGAGCACUUGCCAAGGUCAGUGAGGGGCUGGUAGGCCCCUGGAGAAGCAGCACCGACAAUGACGACAAUACCAGAUUUCCUUCCCCACCCCUUUGCACCCAUCCCGCUGCCGCCGGUGGCAUAGAGGGAGGAGGGGGGAAUGGAGGCUGUAGACCCCUGAGAUCUGGGCACAGGGAACACAUUCUGAUCUGGACCAAGUCGGGACAGCGCCAAUCAAGCCCGGCAGCCACGGCCAUGCCAGCAGGCCACACCACAGACAUCCAGACACCCACACCAGCCAGCAGAAUGGACAGUUCAACAUCACCAGCUGAAGCCCUGAAUCUUGGUGCAGCAGACAAGUGACAACUGCGUGCCUGUGUGGUGGGACUAGAGGGCGAGGGUGAGGGAGGAGGGUUAAGAAGCAGAGAGGGGCCCUCUCACUGUCCCUUGCCUACGGCGCAUACAUUCCAGCCUUGCUGCCUUUGCUCCUUCAAUUCCCCUUUCCCCCCACUCCCACCCAAAAGAAAUGCAUCACUCAAUUUGGACCUACUGAACAAGAAGACAAAUCCCAUCUUUACCAAAACACCUUCUCCAAGCCCCCAGCCCCUCACUGAUCUUGCAUCCCCCAGGUCUCACGCAAUUGUGGUCAAUAUUGUGGUAAUCGCUAACUGUAAUGACUGUAUAAGUGUGCAUUAGUUGUGUCUCCCCGGCUAGAUUGUAAGCUCCUGGAGGACAGGGACCGCCUCUACAAAAAAUAAAAAAAGUACCUCCCCCGUCUUGCAGUGUCCCAGGACCCUGCGGGGCGGUGGAGGCGCACCAAAAA